CCAUCCUCCUCCGCCUCGCCCCUGCCCACCUCCCCCAGUCGCCGGAGCCGCCGAGCGCUCCCCAUCGUCUCUCCGUCCUCUUCCGUCCUUCCCGCCGCAACUCCGCCGGCGCCGGAGGAGGCAGAAGCGGAGCGAGGGGCGGGCGCCGGGGCCGCUGCCCUCUUCCCGGUGCGGGCAUCGCCGGGGGAGCGCGGAGCGCGGAGCGGAGCCCGGCGCCGCCUCCAUGUUCCAGCUGCCCAUCCUCAAUUUCAGCCCGCAGCAGGUGGCUGGGGUCUGCGAGACCCUGGAGGAGAGCGGGGACAUCGAGCGCCUGGGGCGCUUCCUCUGGUCCCUGCCCGUGGCCCCUGCGGCCUGCGAGGCCCUCAACAAGAACGAGUCGGUGCUGAGAGCCCGGGCCAUAGUGGCCUUCCACACGGGGAACUACCGGGAGCUCUACCACAUCCUGGAGAACCACAAGUUCACCAAGGAGUCUCACUCCAAACUGCAAGCGCUCUGGCUGGAAGCGCAUUACCAGGAGGCGGAGAAGCUGCGGGGCCGACCCCUGGGGCCGGUGGACAAGUACCGGGUGAGAAAGAAGUUCCCUCUGCCCCGCACCAUCUGGGACGGCGAGCAGAAGACACAUUGCUUCAAGGAGCGGACGAGGCAUUUGCUGCGGGAGUGGUACCUGCAGGACCCUUAUCCCAACCCCAGCAAAAAGCGGGAACUGGCUCAGGCUACGGGACUUACCCCCACGCAAGUGGGCAACUGGUUCAAAAACCGCAGGCAAAGGGACAGGGCGGCAGCCGCUAAGAACAGGUAA